AAAGCUGCUCUGGUUUCCUUUGGAGUCUGAUGGAAAUCUGCUGAAGGGCACCAAAUAUUUCGGAACUGGCUUGGAUUCAGUGGCUAUUUUCAGAGAGCCUUUCCCUGGACUGCUGUCCCUGCUAGGAUUCAAAGAAUCGAAAGUUUCUGGUGGAAAAUGCUCUGUCACAGAAAGUGAAAGAUGAAGCCUCUUGUUUUCUUGGUUCUUGUGAUCUGUACUGUAGUCAGCAUGAAUUUGAAGCUCGUGUCAAAGAGAAAUUCUGUUGAUGGUUGCAUUGACUGGUCAGUGGAUCUCAAGACAUACAUGGCUUUGGCAGGUGAACCAGUCCGAGUGAAAUGUGCCCUUUUCUACAGCUAUAUCAGAACUAAUUAUAGCAUGGCCCAAAGCACAGGUCUUAGGCUUAUGUGGUACAAAAACAAAGGAGAUUUAGAAGAACCCAUUAUAUUUUCCGAAGUUAGGAUGAGCAAGGAUGAAGAUUCCAUAUGGUUUCACUCGGUUGAGCUGCAAGACAGUGGUUUCUACACGUGUGUUCUAAGAAACUCAACAUAUUGCAUGAAGGUGUCCAUGUCCUUGACCGUAGCUGAGAAUGAAUCUGGGCUUUGCUACAACAGCAAGAUCAGAUAUCUGGAAAAAUCAGAAGUCACUAAGAGGAAGACAAUCUCCUGUCCUGAUAUUGAGGAUUACAAAACAGCUGGUCAAGAGCCAGAUGUGGUGUGGUACAAGGAAUGUGAGCCAAAAAUGUGGAGAAGCAUUGUAAUUCAGAAGGGAAAUACUCUCUUAAUUCAAGAGGUCCAGGAAGAAGAUGGAGGAAAUUAUACCUGUGAACUGAAGUUUGAAGGCAAGCUUAUACGAAGGACAGUUGAAUUGAAGGUUACUGCUUUACUCACAGACAAACCUCCAAAGCCAUUGUUCCCCAUGGAGAACCAGCCAACUGUUAUAGAUGUCCAGCUGGGAAAUCCACUGACUGUGGCCUGCAAAGCUUUCUUUGGAUUCAGUGGAGAAUCAGGCCCCAUGAUCUACUGGAUGAAAGGGGAAAAAUUCAUAGAAGAAUUAGAAGGUCACAUUAGAGAAGGCGAAGUCAGACUCCUCAGAGAACAUCUUGGAGAAAAAGAAGUUGAGUUGACAUUGAUCUUUGAUGCUGUAGAGGAGGCAGACCUGGCUAACUACACAUGUCACGUGGAGAACAGAAAUGGACGGAAACAUGCCAGUGUUCUUCUGCGCAAAAAAGAUUUGAUCUACAAAAUAGAGCUUGCUGGAGGACUGGGAGCCAUCCUUCUUCUGCUUAUUUUGCUUGUGACCAUCUAUAAGUGCUACAACAUAGAGUUAAUGCUGUUCUACAGACAGAACUUUGGAGGAGAUGAAGCAGCUGAUGACAACAAAGAAUAUGACGCUUAUCUUUCAUACACCAAAGUGGAUCCUGAUGCGUUAGAUCGUGAUAAUAAUGAAGAGGAGCAGUUUGCACUUGAAAUUCUGCCAGAUGUUCUAGAAAAGCACUAUGGAUAUAAGCUCUUCAUUCCAGAUAGGGACCUGAUCCCUAGUGGAACCUACAUUGAAGAUCUCACAAGAUGUGUUGAGCAAAGCAGAAGACUCAUUAUCGUGUUAACUCCAGACUAUGUUCUCAGGAGAGGAUGGAGUAUUUUUGAGAUGGAAAACAGACUCCAUAACAUGCUAGUCAGUGGAGAAAUCAAAGUUAUUUUGAUUGAGUGUACUGAAUUAAAAGGGAAGGUGAAUUAUCAUGAAGUGGAAUCAUUAAAGCACACCAUCAAACUUCUCUCAGUGGUCAAGUGGAAAGGACCAAAAAGCAGCAAACUGAAUUCUAAGUUUUGGAAGCGCCUAGUCUUUGAAAUGCCAGGGAAGAAAAAGGAGGUGGUGUCUCGGCAUCAGGUGCUGGAUUCUGCGGAGCAGGGUCUCUUUGGGGACCUGCAGACUGUGCCCUCUCUUGCUGUCACAGGCACUUCUGCCACGCUGGUGGAGUCGCGGGCGGACGCGGGCGAUUUCCAGCAGGCAGACUCUGUGCACAUGAGGCACUACUGCAGAGGCUACGAGUACGACGUGUCUGCAGCCACGCUGCCCAUGGCCUCCAUCAGCAACCACCACACGUACUGUAACAUCCCCCUGACCCUCCUCAACGGACAGCUACCUCUCAACCACGCCGCCAAGGACCCCCAGGAGUUCCACAGGAACACCCCCUUGCUACCUUUGUCGGCCAAGGAGCUCAGCUUCACCAGUGAUAUCUGGUAG